AUGCGCUCAUCACUCAUUCGGGUCACUGCGAAACGUUCGUUAUGGAGACUACCUCUCCAGCGAUCGUACGCCAUUCAGGCGCCUGGAUCUCCGGCCAUUGCUUCGGUAUUCGACAACCGGACGAAGUGGAUCCAAAAGGAGCGCGCCGCGAACGAUACCACACACAGUCGACAAGUCGAUUAUCUCCGAGAUGAGGUCGCCAUGCGACUCUGUGAUCGAGUCCUGGACAUCAACCGAAAUUUUCCUAGAGUGCUUGAUUUUGGGGCAAACGCCUGUAAUAUUGCGCGAGCCUUGACCCGCCCAGAUCCAGACCCAGAAUCAGCGAAGCCAUCUGUCGAGCCGAUCGGCAAGAAGAUUGAGAGCAUUGUCUGCGCCGACACAAGUCCAACGUUGCUGUAUAGAGAUCAGGAUGAGCCUUUCAAUAAAGAGAUCAAUAUCACAAGAGAGGUGCUGCAAAGUCCAGAAUAUGUGCCAUACGAGCCAGAGACAUUUGACCUCGUCAUGUCCUCGCUAUCAAUGCACUGGAUCAAUGAUCUGCCCUCUGUCCUGGCGCAAAUCAACAACUGCCUCAAGCCAGAUGCGCCGUUCAUUGCGGCCAUGAGUGGAGGUGACAGUUUAUUCGAGUUGCGAGGGUCAUUGCAGCUGGCAGAAUCAGAGCGCCUGGGUGGCAUUGGAACACACAUAUCACCACUUGCAGACGUGCGAGAUGUAGGAAAUCUGCUCUCGCGUGCCGGCUUCAAACUUUUGACGGUUGAUGUUGACGACAUCAUCGUCGACUAUCCGAACACUUUCGCACUUAUGUCAGAUCUGCAAGCAAUGGGAGAGGCAAAUGCAGCAUUACGACGAGAGCCGGGUGGCAUCAGCAAGGAUGUGCUACUAGCAACGGAAGCCAUAUACAGAGAGAUGUAUGGCGAGGAGCAGGAGGAUGGUACAAUCACCAUACCGGCCACGUUCAGGACCAUCUAUAUGAUUGGGUGGAAAGAGGGUGCCGCGACACCAAAACCGCUUGAACGAGGGAGCGGAGACGUGAACUUGAAAGAGCUGUUUGGAGGAGGUGGUGGUGGUGUCUAG